UAUAGCCGCGGUGCUGGAGUGCCGAAAUGCGAUUUCAUUGCGUUUAAUCGCUUUUUACAGCCGCUCUGUAAUCACUAAUGAACGCGAGCUCUCUAAUGACCCGCUAAAGAAGCCGUGGCUACCCGCCAGCCGCGGAAGGGGGAACUUGAUUUUUGGAGUUUGGAGAAGUGUUGUUAUUUACGAAGUGCGGGGUGACGUGGGCCAGUGACGGUUGCAGGGAGAACGCCUGUGAGGAAGACAGCAGGUGGAGAGAAGGCUGCUUUGCUUAAGUGGCAGAAGGGGGAGAUGAGUAACUUCGAGUACCUCAUGCAUUUGAACACCAUGGCUGGCCGCACCUACAAUGACCUAAUGCAGUAUCCCGUGUUCCCCUGGAUCCUGGCUGACUACGACUCUGAGACGCUCGAUCUCUCCAGUCCUGCAACAUUCCGAGACUUGUCCAAACCUAUGGGUGCCCAGACGGACAAAAGGAGGGAGAAAUUCAUUGAGAGAUACAACGAAGUGGAGGGCAAUGACGGAGACCUGUCUGUGCAGUGUCACUACUGCACACACUACUCCUCCGCCAUCAUCGUGGCCUCGCUGCUGGUGAGGAUGGAGCCCUUCUCCCACACCUUCCUGGCUCUACAGGGCGGGUCAUACGACGUGGCUGAUAGGAUGUUCUACUCGGUGAAGAAGGAGUGGGAGUCGGCCUCCAGGGACAACAUGAGCGACGUCCGGGAGCUCAUUCCCGAGUUCUACUACCUGCCCGACUUCCUGGUCAACUCCAACAACAUUGAGCUGGGUUGCUUGCAAGAUGGCACCCACCUCGGAGACGUCUCUCUGCCCCCAUGGGCGAAGGGGGACCCCCAGGAGUUCAUCCGGGUUCACCGGGAGGCCCUGGAGAGCGACUACGUCAGCUCGCAGCUCCACCUGUGGAUCGACCUGAUCUUCGGCUGCAAGCAGCGGGGCCAGGCGGCGGUGGACGCGGUCAACACCUUCCACCCCUACUUCUACGCCGAGACGCUGGACGCGGACAGCCUGAAAGACCCGCUCAAGAAGAGCACCAUUCUGGGCUUCGUCAGUAACUUUGGCCAGAUCCCCAGACAGCUCUUCUCGAAGCCCCACCCGGCGCGGAGCGGCCACAAACCCUCGCUGAGGGACCAGUCCGGGCCCAGCCACGCCCCGCCGUUCUUCCACAGGCUCCACAGGCUGAAGCCGUCCGUCCAGCCCAUCAAAGAGCUCAUCCGGGGCCCUGUAGGUCACAUGGUCUGCGGAGAGAAGGAUAUUCUGGUCGUGGAGAAGAACAAGCUCCUCAUUCCUCCCCUCUGGAACACGUUCUUCUCCUGGGGUUUCCAUGACAACACCUGUGCCUACGGAAACUACUCCACAGAAAGGAACUUUGCGGUGUGCGAGAGCCCUUCGGACUGGGGGGAGAGCCUGUGUGCCGCCUGCCCCAACCCGAGCACGGUCAUCACGGGGGGGGCCAGCUCCGUGCUGUGCGUCUGGGACGUCUCCCUGGGCAAAGACAAGCUGCAGCACAUGAGGCUCAGACAGGUGCUGUACGGACACACGGACGCAGUGACGUGCGUGGAGGCUUCGCAGGCCUACGGCGUGAUCGUCAGCGGCUCUGGCGACCGGACCUGCAUCCUGUGGGACCUGCAGGAACUCAGCUACAUCACCCAGCUCCCAGGGCAUGCUGGGAGCAUCACCGCGCUGGCUAUCAAUGACCUGACUGUAAGCCCCUCCCCUCUUAUGCUAGCCACACCCUCUGUCAUUAGCCACACCCACACCAGCACCGUGCCGGCUCUCAACGACCUGACUGUGAGAUGCGUCUGUCGAGAACACCUGUCUGUGGACCUGAGGGUCCCCCUGUCCUGCUCACCGUCCAAUGGCGAGUGGACCCAUCUGGAGGACGGAGUACACGAGCGCACGAUUGCCUCCGGAUCGGGGGGGGCCCCCGACUCCAGGGCCCCCUCAGCCUGCAGCUCCGGAGACAGCCGGUAA